CGCGGACAGGCGCGAGCCGUCCCCGAACACCUUGCGGUAGGAGGAGGCGGAGCACAAGUAGUGCUCGGAUCCGAAGCUCAUGGUGCCGGGGUCGGGGCUGGGCGCGCGGCUGCGGCGGGACGUGGCGAGGACGCGAAGAAUUCAUCAUACAAAUAAAAUGACAACUUCCUGGAGUGAUCGCCUGCAGAACGCAGCGGAUGUACCUGCUAACAUGGAUAAGCAUGCCUUGAAAAAGUAUCGGCGAGAAGCCUAUCACCGGGUGUUUGUGAACAGAAGUUUAGCCAUGGAAAAAAUAAAGUGUUUUGGUUUUGAUAUGGAUUAUACCCUUGCUGGGGAGCAGUGUAACUCCUUCAGGACUGGAGUGGCACACUACCUGCAUCUGCCUCAUGUGAGUCCUCAUUUGGGCAGCAGUACCCUGCUGGGCUGGAACCUCUGCCGAGUGUACAAGUCUCCAGAAUACGAAUCCCUGGGCUUUGAGCUUACUGUGGAGAGAUUAGUUUCCAUUGGCUAUCCUCAGGAGCUCCUCAGCUUUGCCUAUGAUUCGACAUUCCCUACCAGAGGACUUGUUUUUGACACACUCUAUGGAAAUCUUUUGAAAGUUGAUGCCUAUGGGAACCUCUUGGUUUGUGCACAUGGAUUUAACUUCAUAAGAGGACCAGAAACUAGAGAGCAGUAUCCAAAUAAAUUUAUCCAACGAGAUGACACUGAACGGUUUUACAUUCUGAACACACUGUUCAAUCUUCCAGAGACUUACCUGUUGGCCUGCCUAGUAGAUUUUUUUACUAAUUGUCCCAGAUAUACCAGUUGUGACACAGGAUUUAAAGAUGGGGACCUCUUUAUGUCCUACCGCAGUAUGUUCCAGGAUGUAAGAGACGCAGUCGACUGGGUCCACUACAAGGGCUCCCUUAAGGAAAAGACAGUUGAAAAUCUUGAGAAGUAUGUAGUCAAAGAUGGGAAGUUGCCACUGCUUCUGAGCCGGAUGAAGGAAGUAGGGAAAGUGUUUCUUGCCACUAACAGUGACUAUAAAUACACAGAUAAAAUCAUGACUUACCUGUUUGAUUUCCCACAUGGGCCCAAGCCUGGGAGCUCCCAUCGGCCAUGGCAGUCUUACUUUGAUCUGAUUUUGGUGGAUGCACGGAAGCCACUCUUUUUUGGAGAAGGCACAGUAUUACGUCAGGUGGAUACUAAAACCGGAAAACUGAAAAUUGGCACCUACACAGGCCCCCUGCAGUAUGGCAUCGUCUACUCAGGAGGUUCAUCGGAUACAAUCUGUGACCUGUUGGGAGCCAAGGGCAAAGACAUUUUGUAUAUUGGAGAUCACAUUUUUGGAGAUAUUUUGAAGUCAAAGAAACGGCAAGGGUGGAGAACUUUCUUGGUGAUUCCUGAGCUUGCGCAAGAGCUCCAUGUCUGGACUGACAAGAGUUCACUUUUCGAAGAACUUCAGAGCUUGGAUAUUUUCUUGGCUGAACUCUACAAGCACCUUGACAGCAGUAGCAAUGAGCGCCCCGACAUUAGUUCCAUUCAGAGAAGGAUUAAGAAAGUAACUCACGACAUGGACAUGUGCUACGGCAUGAUGGGGAGCUUGUUCCGCAGCGGCUCCCGGCAGACACUCUUUGCCAGUCAAGUGAUGCGCUACGCUGACCUCUAUGCGGCAUCCUUCAUCAACCUGCUCUACUACCCAUUCAGCUACCUCUUCAGAGCUGCCCACGUCCUGAUGCCUCACGAAUCAACAGUGGAGCACACACACGUGGACAUCAACGAGAUGGAGUCCCCGCUCGCCACCCGGAACCGCACGUCAGUGGAUUUCAAAGACACCGACUACAAACGACACCAGCUUACGAGGUCCAUUAGUGAGAUCAAGCCCCCCAACCUCUUCCCACUGGCUCCCCAGGAGAUCACACACUGCCAUGAUGAAGAUGAUGAUGAAGAGGAGGAAGAGGAAGAAUAAGGCAGACUAAAAUCCUGAGCACCCACCAAGUCUGGCACAACUCACGGGGCAAGGGGUGGCCUUGUUUGGAUUGUACUAGGGAGGGUGGGAGGACUCCAUCAGAGGUACGUUUGGAGAGCUUCUGAAGGCUUUAAGUAAUUCUGAUCAUAGCUCCUUACUUCAGUUUUGUGUGUCUGUAUUCUCUGCAGAUAGUUUGAAGCUGUAUAGGAAGAACAGGUAAAAAGCCAGGUGGAAUGCAUGCAGACGGCACCACUGUGGCUUGUGAUAGUGUCCCUUGUCUGUCUUCGUCGUCGGUGUGUCAUCUGGAUACACUAAGGUAGUAAAGGGUUUCAGAGCAGGGCCACGGGACUGAGGGAAGAGGUGAUCCACAAAUCUGUAUUACUACAAACUGUGCUUUUGCUCCAAACCCCCACUUUUUCCGUGCAUUACACAGUGUUGUAUAUCAGUGGAGAAAUACAUGUUUUCAUUAUCAA